AUGUCUACUGAUACAGUUGUUGAUGACAAUUUAAGCAUUCAAUCAGAAAAUAAUGCUGGUAAACGAGUAGUGUAUUGUACUAAAGUUUUCUUCAAACAACUGAUUGAACGUAAACCAAUGGAUAAAUUACAAGCUGAAAUUGAUACGCGAAAUGAAUUGAGACGUGAUUUAAGUUGGAUUCAAUUACUUGCUAUAGGUCUUGGCGCUACUAUUGUCUUAUUUUCAGGUAUCGGGAUAUUUGUAUUGAGUGGACAAGCUGCUGCAAAAUAUUCUGGUCCAUCAGUCAUCAUUUCAUUUGUUGUAGCAGGUGUUAUUGCUUUAUUGUCGUCUUUAUCAUAUUCAGAAUUAGGAGCAAUGAUGCCUAGUUCUGGAUCAGUUUACACAUAUACUUAUGCAGAAUAUUUGGCAUGGUUUAUUGGAUGGAAUUCUGCACUACUUUAUCUAUUCGGUGUUUUGACAGUGUCAGUUGCUUGGAGCAAGCAGGUUAUUCUAUUUUUUAAUAUUGUAUCAAAUUUUAAUGCAACAACUGUGCUUCUUGGAACACCACUAUAUUGGGAUGAAUACACUGAAAAUUUUUAUUUCACUGGUCAAGCGAUUAAUUUACUUGCUAUCGGGAUUAUUAUUGCAAUUACAAUUCUACUAAUUAUUCAAAUUCAACAAAUGGCUAUAUUCAAUCUUGUAUUGGUUAUGUUUAAAAUUAUAAUACUUUUAAUAUUUAUUUUUGCCUGCUGUAGUUAUGUCAAUCUAAAUAAUUAUCAUCCAUUUUUUCCAUCAAAUAAAGGUUCCUUUAGUGAAUAUGGAGUAACAGGCAUGUUACAAGCUUGUACUUAUAUUUUUUUUGCAUAUGUGGGUUUUGAUUCAGUUUCAACAGUAGCACAAGAAGCGAGAUCACCACAAACUUCGCUGCCAAUUGCCACUAUUGGAUCAACAAUUGUUUCACUACUACUUUAUAUUGGAAUAUGUACUGUGAUGGUUGGACUAGUUCGAUACGACUUAUUGAAUUCAGAUAGUCCUCUUUCUCAGGCAAUAAAAGCUACACCUUACGGUCUUUGGUUAUCAAUCCUUAUGGACUUGGGUGCUAUCGCUGGUCUUACAACUGUAGCAUUGACAAUGAUGCUCUCACAAACUCGAAUAUUUUAUGCAAUGGCUCAUGAUGGUUUACUACCACCAAUCUUUACUAAAAUUCAUAAGACUACAAUAACUCCUUGGAUUUCGACAAUAAUUAGUGGUGUAUUCUCUGCUAUUUUUUCGGGUAUUUGUCCAGUAGAUAUUCUUGGUAAAACAACUUCGAUUAGCGCCCUAAUUACAUAUAUUUUCGUGCAUGUCACGGUCAUAGUUAUGCGUUAUACACAUAGAGAUAUGCAACGACCAUUUGAAGUGCCAUUUGGUCCAUGGCUGAUUCCAACUAUAGGAUCCUUACUUUGUGUGCUUCUUAUGACAAGUGUAACAAAAGCAACGGUUUAUCGAUUUCUUGUGUGGACAGCAAUAGGUCAAGUUUUAUAUUUUUCCUAUGGUUUUUGGUAUUCUAAACGACGAAAAUUAUUCAGAAAUGAAUCAAAUUUAAAUAGGAUAGAGCUUCUCCCAACUAUUUCAAAUGCUAUGGAACAACAUAUACAAAAUGAAGUUGAAUUAGAUUUAGCAAGUGAGGAUACUGAAAGUAAAGAAUAA